AAAUUGGCGGGCCGGAUUGAAAAGCUGAGUGGGCUGCAUCCGGCCCCUGGGCCUUAGUUUGCCCAUGCCUGGUCUAACUACUCCACAGCUGGAUAAAUGUGCUAUCCAUUCAUCACUUUCAUUAGCACAGGACACAGGUCAGGAGAUUUUCGUUCCUGUUUAUACAGUGUGUGUACGUGCGUGCGUGCGUGCACGUGUGUGUGCUGGCUUGCGCACUAGCUCCAUCAACUUGAUUGGAGCUGCAGUCUGAAGAGGAGCCGCAGCGUCAGAGUGUGAGGCAGAGGCAGGAGGAGCAGAAGGAGCUGGAGGAUCCGUUGGAAGACUCUGGGUCUGAGUUGGCGAAGGAAUGAGAAAAGAGCGACCGUCACCAUCCUCACCAUGCAGCCGACAAACACCAGUCGUCCAUUUUACACGGCUGCAUGAUCCGACGAGCGCCAAUGUGUCUGUGUCCUGCGGGCAGGCGGCAGUAGCAGCAUCACAGUGUUCAGUCCCGUUGGUGAUGAUAAUGAUGGUGAAGACAACAUAGGCCAACGCCUCGCUACAGCUUCGCACAGGGAAUGAAAACACUGCCAAGAUGGUCCGCGUCGCCAAGGCCCUGGGUAUGAUGAUCCUGUUCGUGGCUGUGCUCAUUCUGUCGCUUAUCAGUUACGUUUCUCUGAGAAAAGACAGCCUCUUCACAUCCUCCAAGUACUACAUGAGCGGCCCCAGGAUCAUGUUUCACGCAGGAUUCCGGUCUCAGUUUGCCAUGAAUUUCAUGGAUCCAUCUUUCAUACCUUUAACCACGGCCCUAAAUGAAGAGCUUCAAGGAAAAUCCUCAAAAUGGAGGUUCAACAAGACGGCCUUUUAUCAGCAUAGGAAAGAUAUAUUCAACUAUAUUGACAUUCCCAACAACUUCUCCCUCACCAAGAACAGCGUGCGGGUCGGACAGCUGAUGCACUUUGACUACUCCAGCCACAAAUACGUCUUCUCCAUUAGCAACAACUUCAAAUCCUUGCUCCCAGACAUCUCUCCUAUCCUCAACAAGCACUACAGUAUGUGUGCUGUGGUGGGAAACAGCGGCAUCCUGACAGGGAGUCACUGUGGGCCAGAAAUCGACCAGGCUGACUUUGUGUUCCGCUGCAACUUUGCACCCACGGAGGUCUACUCCAAGGACGUAGGCAAGAAGACCAACCUGACCACCUUCAACCCUAGCAUUCUGGAGAGGUACUACAAUAACCUGCUCACUAUACAAGACAGAAAUAAUUUCUUCCUCAACCUAAAGAAGCUGGAGGGAGCCAUUCUGUGGAUUCCUGCCUUCUUUCUUCAUACCUCAGCCACCGUGACCAGGACCCUGGUGGACUUCUUUGUGGAGCAUAAGAGCCAGCUGAAGGUCAAGCUGGCCUGGCCCGGGAACAUCAUGCAUGAUGUCAACAAAUACUGGAAGACAAAAAACCUCUCCCCCAAACGCCUCAGCACUGGAAUUCUCAUGUACACACUGGCCUACGCCAUGUGCGACGAAAUCCAUCUCUACGGCUUCUGGCCCUUCGGCUGGGACCCCAACACAGGCAAAGAUCUGCCCUACCACUACUAUGACAAAAAAGGGACCAAAUUCACCACUAAGUGGCAGGAGACCCACCAGCUGCCCAGUGAGUUCAAGCUGCUUUAUAAGCUGCACAGGGAAGGCGUGACUAAACUCAGUCUCACACACUGCACUGCCUAGACAUUCAGUGUUGGAUUUGAGAGGAUGCAGAACAGAAUCAUCAGCUCAGUUAACUCUUCUGUUUAGUUCUUUCAUGCAUGAUAUGUGUAUAUCCUCUUUUUACAGGCACACUCCGAAGUUAUGUCAAAUAUCAUAUGAUGCCAUUCAGGUAAUUUGGGAAAUCCAUUAUGGUUGUGUUCAGCAUUGUUGGGAUUUUUUAUGCUGCUGACUUGGCUCCACAACUCUGGACUCUCCAGCAUGACUAUACACAGCCUAAAGGAAACACAUCUCUAUUUUGACUAGAGCCUGCAGGAAAGUUUGCUGCAGAAACAGAGAAUGUCAAAGUUAUUCCACUUCUGCAUUGAUUUACUCUUACUACGAUAUACUGGAUAUAAAGGAAAAUGCAUUCAAAUCACUGCCUAAUCUCAGGGAAGGAGUUAGAUCAGUGUUUUUUUUUUUGUCACCUCCGAGAGCUGAGGUACAAAAACUGUAGUUGUUUACAAGACUACACACCGACACACACAUUUACAUGGAUUAUGUCCCUGAUUUGAGUAUCUACUCACUGACAAAUUGCAUUCCCUACGCCCUUGAGGCUAACAGUUAGCCUUGGGUUUGUCGGUGGGGUCAGACUCUACCAAUGAACCCAAUCACUUCUCUUCUAUAAUCUGUGAACAUUUAAUUGUGCAAUUGAGAAAACUUUUUGGAUUAUAUAAUUUUUGAAAACAAUUUUUGAAGUAAAAUGUAACAUUCCAGCAAAAGCCAUACAAAUCCACAGACAGAGAGCAUAAAUGUGUUUUUUAUUGCGGCACAAAAUUGAAAAAAGUCUUACACAUUUAGUUUAAGAAAAAAAAAACCCACAUUGGUUUAGUCACAGUAGAACUUAUAUUGAAGUGACACGUUUUUUUCGAUGGCACCCUAUUAAAAAAAUAACGCCAACCUGUUUUGUAUAAUGGGUGGAGUAUGGGAAGUAUGAAACCAAGUAUGGUGUGUGCAUUUAGACGUUAGUUAUCUUUCUGUAAACGCACUGAAAACAAAACCUUCCCCUGUUUUCAUUGGAUAUCAGUAAAUUUGCAAAACACAAACGAGGGAAUGCGAUUCAAAUUACUGGUGUGACCCAAAUAUAAGUCCUAGUGUGGUGAAGCCCUUUUAAAACACAACAUUUUGGAUAUAGUUUCAUCAACAGUUUCGUCAAUUAAUAUAAUAGUGAGACUGGAUGGAGGCGAGGUUAUUUAUGCAUCAUGUAGAAAUAUAUAGUUUAUUAUAUCUAAGGAAAGUAAAUGUACUAUCACUUCCUGCAUCUUGUAUAAAAGCAUGGUCCACUGAAAUGACACUGCAUGUGAAGCACUAACAAAUCUCUAUGGCUAGUUUUAUACAACUUUUCUGAAGGUUGUUCUUGAUUUUUGCUAAUCGUUUGUAUUCCUGGGGGUGUGUUUGAUUAUUAUUGGUGUAUUUGUAUGAUGAACAUUUCAAGGCUAACCCAAACACCUACCACUAACUUCCACAUGGGACCAAAACUAUGAGAACAAACUUUAUUUUUUUAUGAGUGCAGAUAAUUUCAGUGCGCUCAGAAUCUGUCCGGUCCAUUGGGCCAGAAUAGACCGUGCCCAUGUUGACAGAGAAAGCUGGCCACAUGAAUGUCUCAUGACUGGGAAUCAUGUGCUUGGUCCUUGUUAUUAUUCUGACUUGAGCUAAGGUCAAAUACUCACCACAUGUUGUGUUUGGUCUUUGUGAUUAUACUUUUAUGACAUGGCAGGCAGUUACUGACCAUCACAUACUUAAUUAACAUCUGUGUAGGUCUCUCUUAUAUGCAGACCACUUAUUUUGACCAACAAUGUAGACUAGAGUGGAGGCAGUGGUAGGACGCCCUGCCUGCCAUACAAAAAGUGGAACAAAAAGAGGGUUCAAUUCCACCUAGUCCCCCUCCCUCCAU